UCGAAAAUAUUUAAAAGAAUCAUAUUGUUUUCUUAGAAUUGUCCAUUAGGUUAUGCUAAAAUGAUAGCUCUGAGAGGAAGUGUACCUAAUCUCUGUACAUCUACAAACUUAACACAUGUUGGAACUCUUCCAUCAUUCUGUUCUGCAGUAUAUGAUAUGAGCUUUUGUUCAAAAAUACAUAAUUGUCAAGGAAAUAAACAAUAUAAAGGAAAUCAAAACAAUCAAUAUUUAAAAUUAGGGAAAAAGCGACAAUUAAGGAAUAGAAUAGAACAUGAACAAAAAGCUAAAUCACAAUCAGAUCUUUCUUUAAGAAGACGAGAAUUUUCUCCUUGUUGUUCCCUUCAAUAUUUACAAGACAUUCAAAAAUGGAAUGAAUGUCAAGCAAAGACUGAGGAACGUUUAAAAAAGUUAGAAAAUGAACGUGGAACAUUACGUAUGGAAGUAUCAGUUUUAUCCGAACAAGUAGAUGCACAAUCUAGUAAAAUCCAAGAAUUGGAAAAUAUGCUUAGAGAAAAGAAAGAUUCUCUCAGAAGAAUGGAAGAGGCAUUACAAAAAGAAGUACUUUCAAGAAGUGCUUUGGAAACACAAAAAUUAGAACUUUUGAGUUCUUUAUCAGAAAUGAAACUUAGACAAGCAAGUUUAGAACAUGAAAAUCUUGCACUUCGUAAUACAAGUCCUAUAUCAAAUGGAGAAAAAUUUGGAAGGCAUACCACUCAAUAUAGUAGUCUUCCUAGGCCACCGAGUUCUUCAAAGAAAGGUGUAGUGUUCGGUAAGGUACCCAGUUUAGUUUCUGGAGCACACACAACAGUACCAUUGGCCAUUAAAGGAGCCUCCGCGAGAUGCCUGUCUGCGCCUACUCUAGCUGAAAAAGAAAAAACUAUCAUAGGAGAUUCAAAUUCUCGAAUAGCAUCGAUUGCUCAAAAAUCUUUGAUGGAACUUUCAAUGGAAGAAAUUGAAGAUUGGCUCGCAAAUUUAGGAUUAGAAUGUUACGCGGGCGAAUUGAGACGAUGGGGUGCUACUGGAUCAAAAUUAUUAGACUGCUCACAACAACAAUUAGAAAAAGAAUUAGAAAUUAAAAAUGUUCUUCAUAGGAAGAAAUUAUUAUAUGCAAUAGAAUCCGAAAAAUUUGAUGGAGCUGAAUUUCUUGGAUCAGAUAAGAUGGAUAAUACUGCAGUUUUACGAUGGUUAGAUGAUAUUGGAUUACCACAGCAUAAAGAAGCUUUCCAAAAUGGUAAAGUUGAUGGGAGAAUGUUACAUCGACUUACCACUGAAGAUCUUUUAAAUCUUGGAGUUACUGCACAAUUACAUGCUGCAAGUCUUAGACGAGGAAUUCAGGUAACAACUUAUUUAUUUUAAAUAUUAUAAUAUCUAUAAAUUAAAU